CUGGGGCUGUUCUGAGGGGAACCAUAGCUUCUGUGCCUUAGGCAGUGGGAGGGAGGAGGGACCCUGCCCAGCCCACAAGGCGUGAGGAUCCCGGGCCUGAGGCUGGAGUGGGCCAAGCACUACAGUGGGGAGAAAGUGGACUGGAUCAGGGGCUCCCCUGUACCCUGCAUGAUGGCUGCUACAUCGCCCGCACCACAUUACCAUUCAGUACCUGGCCCAUCUCCAAGGCCAGGGAUCUGCCUUUGUUGUGAAGUCCAGGCCUCAGCUCGGGGCCUGGCAGCCUGGGGUUCUUCCAAAGCUGCUCCAUGAGUUUGGUCAGACCACGAUCACCAUCAUCGAUUUCAGGUCUUCCUCCCCUCACUACCAUCAGUGUCCCGAGCUGUGGACGGUCUGGGAUAUCAUGCUGCCUGCAGGAUAAUGGCCAGGGUGUUUUGCUCCAGAGGGAGACACUGCCUCUACUUUCCAGCGUCAUUCAUUAACACAGACAUCAUUGAAAAGAUGGUCCAAACAGAGGGGACCUGUGCCUUUGCUUGUGAGACCCGAGGACAGCGGUCCUCAUCCCCGUGAGAGAACUGAAGUCCUGGCUGUUGGCCUGUGACCGUGUCUCAAAAGGGGCUGGACCAGUUGUAGCAGGAGAGUCACAACACGGGCCAGACAACUCUUAAGGAACCACCCAGGAAAGUGACUUUGGGAGGCCUGGGGUAGGGGGCCUCUUUCAGAGUUGCUGAAACAGAAAACCAGGAGGGCUGCACAGCUGGACUCGAGUGGAUGUAUUAGAGCUCCUGGGGAUGAAAAGCAACUGGAAAAUGAGAGGCCGUGACAAGCAGGAACGUGCAGCCUGCAGCCCUGAGUCCUUCCUACCCCAGCAGCGUGACAGCACCGGGACCCAGACAGAGGCCACAAGCUCAAAGCACGCCCUGGAGCCUGGCAAGGGCCCAGCCUCUUGACGGUGUGGCAUCGUGAAUGUUCAGAAUCUGCUUGAACAUCAGUGUCCUCAUCUGCCAACAGAAGAGAAAAAUCAGCUCAGCGGGCAGUCGGCUUCGCUGUCAGCGCUGGAUAACCAGCACCCUCUCAUCACUGCAUCACUGUAUCCCGUAUUGCAUUCCUGGGCUUCAAAACGGACCCCAACUGAGCAGACAUGUGAUCUCCUUAUUCCUCAUGGCCUCUCUACGGCAAAGGAACUGCCUCCAUUUUACAGAUAAGGAAACUGAGGCCCGGAGGUGCCCUAUGUCUGGCUGCUUUCAACAUCACUCCUUGAAUAAGCGGUAGAGGACCCCUCCCCACAGAACCCCUGCCUGGCUGAGGACCAGGGGCUGCUGGCCAGGCUUGGCCAACCCAGCCAAGGAAGGGCAGUCUCUACUGGCCAGAGUGGAGGCUGCAGGAACCCAGCCCAGGGGACUGGUCAGAAGAGAAACCCCAGCCCACUGAUCUCAGGCCUCAGCAACUCUGUUCCGCUGGGUACUCGGCCGCCCUCCACAGCCUGGCCGGGCCACUGGGAGAUGCUCCACAGCUGGAGACGCCCUAGCGGAACAGAGACGUCAGCGGGGCAGGUGGGCUGGAGUUGCCUUUGACCCUGAGGGCCAAUGAGGCCCAGGACAGGCCAGCUGGGCCGUGAAGACCCCAGGGGGCAGAGCCCUGGCCCCAGGCAGCACUGGCCUCUACUACUGCGGGCCUGUCAGUUGCCCCUGGCCGGCUGCCCCCAUUGGCAGCACCGCAGGGAGCGGGGCCUCUGCACGGAGCUCAUCCAGCCUGCAGCAACGGAGAUACAGGUCACCACUGCAGACCCCAGCCGUCCCCGUGAUGGAGAAUUAGCAGAAGACCACAGCAACACCAAGCAGUCCCCACAGCACCUAGGACUUGUCACCCAGCUGACCCAGCACGUGCUGCAGGCUCACCCUGUCCUCUCUACUGCCAUCCUCUGGACUCUACUGGGUGAGGGCUCCAGGGACUGGGACCUGCAGAUGCAAACAGCCAGCUGCCACCAGGACCAGCACGAGGCCAGUGCGGUGACCAGACCCCCAGCUGCUGAUAAGCCUCAUCCGACUGGGCUUAAAGUGGAGGGGAGAGAUCACAACCCAACAUGAUGGCAACUUCACUCCAAGUAGGUGCUGCCAAGAACACAGGGCACCCUCUCCACCCAGCUCCGAGUCCAGGCAGCAUCUUCCUGAGAGGGCCAGCCCAUCAGCAUUUCUCAUCCCACCCCCACCCCGCAGCUGCCUGGUGCCAAGGCUAAGCUCCAGGCUAUACUGUCAAGCAGUCGUGGGACAGUCGAAGACUUCUUCCUGGCUGGCCGAAAUCUACCGUGGUGGCAGAUAGGUGCUUUUCUUUUUGCCUCGAAUAUCGGCGCUGGCCACGUUAUGGGCCUGGCUGGAAAAGGAGCGACUUCAGGGAUUGCAAUUGGGGCCUUCGAGUGGAUUGCUCCGUUUAUGCUCUGUCUUCUUGGCUGGAUAGUUUCUCCUAUUUACACUAGGACUGGGGUAGUGACGUUGCCCAGAUACUUGAGGAAGAGGUUUCGUAGCUGCCGGAUCCAGAUGCUCCUCGCUGUUCUGUACUUAAUCAUCUAUAUCUUCAGUAAGAUCUUGGUGGAGAUCUGCAUGGGCGCCACGUUCAUGAGGCUGGUGCUGGGCAUGGAUGUGUACCUGGCCACUGUAGUCUUGCUGACGGUUACUGGCAUUUAUGCCAUCACAGGUGGUUUUGCAGCCGUGGUCUAUACUGAUGUCCUGCACACUGGCGUGGUGGUUCUGGGCUCAGUCUUAUUGGUGGGCUAUGCCUUUCAGGAGGUAGGAGGAUACCAGGAGCUACAGCGUAAGUACAUGGAUGCUAAGCCAAACCUGACCCAUGAAGGAAACUGGACUGUCCAGCUGGAAUGCUUGACCCCUCGCCAGGAUUCUUUCCAUAUAUUCCGAGAUCCCAUUACUGGAGACUUCCCCUGGCCUGGGAUCAUCUUUGGUGCCUCUACCCUCUCCUUGUACUACUGGUGCGCCAAUCAGAUUUUCGUCCAGGGCUGCCUGGCGGGGAAGAGCGUGUGUCACGUGAAGGCCGGCUGCGUCAUGUGUGGGUACCUGAAGCUGCUGCCCAUGUUCAGCAUGGUGUUGCCGGGGAUGAUCAGCCGCGUCCUGUACUCAGAUAAAGUGGCCUGUGUGGUGCCCUCAGAGUGUGAAGAGUACUGUGGUUUCAGCACCGGCUGCAGCCCCAUGGCCUACCCCUUGCUGGUGGUGGAGCUGCUGCCCAAAGGUGUUCAAGGCUUGAUGGUGUCUGCUCUAUGGGCCUCUCUCAUGUCCUCCCUGACGUCUGUUUUCAGCGGUGCCAGCGCCGUGUUCACAAUGGACAUCUAUACCCAGAUGCGGCCGACAGCCACUGAGAAGGAGCUCAUGAUAACAGGAAGGUUUUUUGUUAUAGUCUUACUCGCUGUCUCCAUUGCCUGGGUGCCUGCUAUACAGGUGGCUAACAAGGAACAACUGUUUGAAUACACGCAGGCAGUUCUGAGCUACCUGACGCCGCCCAUUGCUGCUGUCUUCCUGCUCGCCAUGUUUUGCAAGAGAGUCACUGAGCAGGGUGCCUUCUGGGGGCUGACGAGUGGACUUUUGAUUGGCUUCUGUCGAAUGGUGUCCGAGUUUUCCUAUGGGACCUGGAGCUGCUUGGCAAAUGACAAGUGCCCUCUGAUCAUCUGCAGCGUGCACUACCUCUAUUUUGCCAUAAUCCUCUUCACCAUCAGCCUCUUCGCUGUCCUGGGGAUCUCCUUAUUCACAGACCGGAUUCCAGAUAAACACCUCCACCGCCUCUGUUGGAGUUUGCGGAACAGCCAAGAAGAAAGGGUAGAUCUGGAUGAAGAAAUACGAUGGAAGAGGCCCACACCGCAGGCACAGCCAGGCAUAUUCAGGGAGGCCCAGACCUGCCUCUGGAAGGCCUGGGACGUGUACUGUGGCCUGGAGCCACUGCCGAGCCCCAAAGUGGCCCCAGGAGAGGCCAGUGUGCAGAAGAUGGAGCAUGGUGACAAAUCUGAAGGGACAGAGUGUGGUGAUGCAUCAAAAGGGACAGAGCUCCGUGACAUCUCGGAGACGCCCUGCUUAAGAAAGGUGUCCAACAUCUGCGGCUUCCUGCUGAUUCUGCUCACAGUCUUCUGCUUCCUCUACUUCUCCUAGGGCGGCCGGCCCUGGGCGCUGGGGAGCGGGCAGCCACUGCCUCUCACAGACGCCCUUGUCGAGGGGAGGAAGCGCAUCCUGCCGGGAGGCCAUGGACCUGGGACCGAGGAUCACAUUGAUGAAAACGUGCCCUCUGUCACGCGGCACGUGCCACCAGCUGCAGGGCGUGUGGGCCGACAGGGCAGUGAAGCCCAUCGGCGAGUGCAGAGACUGCAAAUGAGAACGUCUGUUCCCUUGUGAAAUGACUCAUUCUCUCCAAAUGGCUCUACUGCACAAACACUGACUUCCACUUUAAAUUUAAUUUUGGCUUUUUAUCUCUAGAUAUAUUUGGGGGUUUUGCUUGUGUUUACUUUACUGUCACCAUUUUCUUCCCGUACCCACCCUCUGUUUGUUUGCUGUGUUCUCUCCUCCUCUAAAGGUAUGGCUGCUGGAAAGAUGCCCCUCCCCACGCCAGGGUCCCACCCACAGGGGCGUGCCCGCUGCUGGUGACCACACAGGCCAGCUGGCGCCAGACCUGCUGGAAGAAAAUCUUGGCUCCUGCCUAGACCAGUGUGGGCUGAGGCAGUCCCUGCCCGAGCAAUGGGCCUCCCUCCAGCUCGGCACUGCCUGGCUGCACCCCUGGGUGGCAGGUGGGGAGGACACUCUCCUCCUUACGGAGCUCUUCCCCAGUCGCUUCAGUCGGCCUGCUGUUGGGACUCUGCUGGGGGUUGGGUGCAGGGCUAGAUUCCCGUUAGCUGCCAGGUGUGGGCCACUCCAGGCUGUUUCCUUAGGGGCUUCUAAGCCCCUCCUUCCUCUUCUUUCCUCUCAGGCCAAAACAAAUGAUUCAUGUCUUUAGAGAAAGUUUCAGAUGCUUUGAAGUGGUCUCAGCAGGGGCCCACCUAGCACUGCAGAAGGCGCACCGUGAAGGAGCGCUCAGGGCCGGCCCCUCAGCCCUUGUUUAGUCCUUCAGCUGACAUCUUUGACUGCCUGCUGUGCUGUGUGCCAGCCACUGCUCGGGGCAGUCCUGGAUGAGCUUGUGGUCUGUGAGGGCAGCAGACAGUGAAUGCCAGCAGUGAUGGCCAGCAUCCCAGGUGGCCUGUGGUUUUCCUGCCCAGGUUGUCACAUGCCAGCUGUGGAGCCACUCCACGUGGAAGGAUUAGAACCAACCACAUUCCACAGAGGAGGAGACCGAGGCUCAGCACGGGAACCUAGAAAAUAGGAAGUGGGCACAGGCCUGGAGCGAGGCCAUGCACCGGCCCUGCAGGCACAUGCACACUGCAGGAGGGCCCACGGGAGAAGGCCUCCCGUGACUGAAGCAGGAGGGCAUCUAGCUGAUCAGCGGGCAACGUGUGGAAAGACACGACAAGGCAAGAGUGCGAGGAGGCCUGUGCACAGUAGAAC